AUGUUCAAUAUAGUUUUAUUAGUGGUUCUAGUGUUGGUGGCUUAAGCUGAUAAAUUGGUAUAAAUCCAGGCAUUAUGGAGACAUGGUGCAAGAACACCAAUCUUUUGUAAUUGGAAUUGCGAGUAUUUCAGAAAUCACACAAUGCUUGAAGGCUAUUUAACACCUACAGGAAUGAGGUAACAUUAUGUCUUAGGACAAUGGAUGAGAGAGAGAUACAUUGUAAAAAACAAGUUAUUGAGUGAUAUCUUCAACGCAUAAGAAAUUACAAUUUAUGCCACAGAUGUCAAUCGUACAAUAAUGAGUGCGAUGAGCAACUUCUAAGGAAUGUAUUCAAAUAAUGGUCCCAAUGUUCCCAAUGUUGAAGAGUCUUUCCUUAAACCCCCUAAUCCUGAUGCUAAACCAGAUGAAGAUAUUGGAAAAUCAGCCCUUAAGUAUAAUAUCUAAGUUCUUCCAAUUCACAUGAGAGCAGCUAUGACUGAUAUUUAAUUAAGAGCCUACGGAGCACCACAAUGUGCAUAGGCUGCCAAAUUUUAGAUUGAGAAUCAACAUACACAACUUGUUAAGAAUGUAAGCCAAAAGGCUCACGAUACUAUAAUUUAAUUCUGUAAUGAAAUGAAUAUAGAUCCAAACAAUUUUACAAUCUUCAACUUAUCUGAAUACAUGGACACAUUCUAUUCAAGCAUCUAUAAUGAUUAUCCAAUGCCUGAGAAAUUAUAGAAGGAAACCUAUGAAAAAGCAGAUGCAGCUUAUUCAAUGACAAUUGCUUUAAAAUUAUAUUAGACAUGGAAAUAAAUUACAACUUAAUCAGCUCCAUUUUUUGAUCAAUUAUUCAAUUACACAGAACAGGCCUUAAGCAAAGAUGAAAAUGUUAAAUCAUCGAAGUAUGUAGUAUACUCAGCUCAUGAUGUCACAGUUUAAUUGGUUGCCUCUGCUUUGAAUAUUACAUCAGCUGAAUGCAUGGCCCAAGUGUAUCUUGGUUAGGAAGUACAGAAUAAGAAUUGUAUCUACACAUAUCCAGGAUUCGCUUCAAAUAUCAUUUGGGAAUUGUGGUAAGAGGAAACUACAAACGAGCCUUAUUUCAAGAUCCUCUACAAUGGUACAGAGAUGAAUUUGUGCAAUAAGAAUUCAACCAAGUGCAUGUAUAAGGAAUUCAAGGAAUUGAUCUUGGCUCAAAAGGGAGACUUUGAAAAAGAUUGUGAUAUUGAAAUAGAACCAAUUAUUGAAUAUAGAGUUCCUGUUUGGAUGACAACACUUACUAUUAUAUUUAUUGUUAUCAUUGUUGGAUUUUGUUUCUAUGGCGUUUACUUGUACAAGUAAAUAAGAUAGGAUAAAACUUUAUUAAGUUAAAACCUGUGAGAUUUGAGAUUUAAUAUAUAAAAUAAUAAAAAUGCGAAAAUCCAAUUUA